AUGUUACCGACUUCUGCAAUUCCGACGUCAUCGAAUACAGUGGAUGAUUGUUCGAUUUGUCUCAAUGUUCUUGCACCCGGCUUGCCACUGUUAACAUUGUCUUGUAAUCAUAAAUAUCAUUUGAAUUGUCUGGCAUCAAAUGUUCAAGCACAGAACAAAGAAUGUCCUUUGUGCCGAGCUCCAAUUGACGCAUCAAUUGUUCAACUACUAACAAGCCGUAUACAGCCACCAAUACAGCCACACAUAACGCCUCUUCCUAUCCCGUUUCCUAGUCAGAUACGUGCGGCUUACAAUAUUCCUUCUGUCGAAGAUCCAGUUGACGAAGCUGCUGUACGAGCUCUUUUCAAUCAUCUUGCUUCUGCUCGACAAGCUGCUAUUGCUUCAGCAAACACAGCGAGUAAUCUUCCAUUGAUCACCGUUUCAAUAACAUUGGAAUAUGGCGCCCAAAUAUCGCAUGAAGAAUCAAAUAUUUACGGUCUUGUCACUCUUCAAGCAUCUUCUGCUAUUCUUCCAUCCAACAAUGAAUCCUUAGCAUUACCUCAUGCUCCCAUCGAUCUUGUUUGUGUCGUUGAUCAAAGUGGAUCAAUGUCGGGAGAAAAAAUGAGACUAUUAAAGCAAACUUUAGUUUAUAUUGUUGAACAAUUGAAUGAUCUUGAUCGACUAGCUAUUAUUUCAUUUGAUACACAAGCUUAUGAUCGUUCACAUGGACUUAAACGAAUGAAUCAACAAAAUCAACAAAUCUUAACAAGAACAAUCAAUUAUGAUAUACCUGCAGGAGGCGGUACGUAUAUAGGAUGUGGACUGGAAAUGGGUAUCAAUCUAUUCACUAGUCGUCGGACAAAAAAUUCACUGGGUGCUUUGCUCUUACUUACCGAUGGUCAAGAUAAUCUACAACAUGAUUAUUCACAAUUGAUGGAAACAUUACCCGAAGGUGUUCUGUGUCACACUUUCGGUUACGGACCGGAUCAUACGGCAUCAUUACUUGUGCAACUAGCUGAGAAAGGCAAUGGAGGUACUUUCACUUAUAUAGAUCAAGUACAAGCAGUUGGUUCUGCCUUUGCCAUGACUUUAGGUGGUUUGUUUAGUUGUAUUGCACAACAACUUCGAGUCAAUAUUGAAUUCAAUGGAGAAUAUAGAAUUAGUCAUGUUCAUUCGAAACAUGAACAUGAACCUAAAAAAUUACCUUCAAAUAAAAUUACGUUUAAAUUGAAUGAUCUGAAUGCCGACGAAAAACGAAAUCUUGUUUUUCAAUUACAUGUACCCAAGGUGAAUAACAAUCAACAGGUCGAAAUGGAUAAUCAACAAAUCAUAUCACAAAAUGAACAAACAUUCUUUGAUCAAUCGACUAUUGGUCAAGUAAUAGUUACCUAUGUAGAACCAAACAGUAAUCAGACAAUAACUACCAAUCCUGUUUCCUUUCAAUUAAUUCGAAUGGACCAACCAUCUGCUGAUCUACUUCAAGUCAAUUACACACUUGAUAUCCAACGAAAUCGAGUAGAAACUGCUCGUGAAAUCAAACGAGCAAUGGAUGAGAAUGAUUAUCAGCGAUCACUUGCCAUUCUAAAAGCUCAAGUUGAAAAGAUCAAAGCUAGUGUAUCCGCUCAAGAUCCAUUCUGUCAAUUAUUAGUAAAAGAUCUUGAAUAUCGCUAUCCAUCAGAACGUGACUAUCGCUCAUCACAUCAGAAUGCUUACAUGCAACAUUCGUCCGAACGAGGCACAUACGCACCGACGACCAAUGCCAGUGCUGCGCAGUAUCUCAGUUAUCCACAGCAGCAACAGGCCACUCACUUUCAGCAAAAUCAGCUACCACCCAUGUACAUCCAGCAGCAGAUGCCACCUCCUUAUGUUCAGCAACAACUACCGCCUCCUUAUGCUCAGCAAUAA